GCCAUAUGGGGCUACCCUCUGAUGAUGGGUGGUUCGCUCAAUCCCGCAGGGUACCUUGGUAAUUUCAGUUAUGUUUCACCAAUUAAUUCAAUAUAAAAAUUGUUUCUGAAAAACACUCCGCACAUUUCAACUGUGUUCAACACCAAUGGCGCUGGCGCUGAGUGUUCCAGUAGGGUGCGCACGAUUGAGAGCCUCCACGGCCGCGCGCGUUAGACCCACAGUCGUCGUCUCUGCUAACCUAGCCCCACUAAGAGGUGAUGCGGUGGAUUGGGUGGCGGGGACGUCGAGCUUCUUCGAACAAGACUCAAGGCCAAUCAUGUUGUUCGACGGUGUAUGCAAUUUAUGCAAUGGUGGUGUGAGGUUUGUGCGUAAUAACGAUCGAAAUAGGAGUAUAAGGUUUGAAGCCCUCCAGAGUGAAGCAGGCAAGAAACUCUUGAGGAGAUCAGGAAGAGCUCCUGAUGAUAUUUCAAGUGUUGUACUCGUUGAAAAAGAAAGGUCAUAUAUCAAGUCAGAAGCUGUCCUGAAGAUCAUGGAAUACAUUGAUUUACCGUUUCCCCAGUUAGCAUUCUUUCUACAGUUUGUACCUUUGUUUAUACGGGAUUUCGCAUAUGACAAUGUUGCAAACAACCGUUACUCGUUGUUUGGACGGUCUGACUCAUGUGAGAUUAUAGAAUAGUCCAAAAAUUAUGCUCUUUUGUAUGUGUAUAUGUGUGUAUAUUUCAGAAUUAUGAAAUGAUUGAUUUUGAUUUUGUCGGCUCAAAUAUUUUUGGUUGAAACAGAAUGAAACUGGGAUUGUAAUUACUGGUUGGGAUUCUCUAUGUAUACAGACGGGCUUAUAAUUACUCAUUAGUAUUUUUAA